UAGUGACUAACAUUCUCUCACAAGGAAACUCACACAACUCCAGCAUCACAGCAAGCCGUACGUGAGCCAAUUGGCUCUCGAGCUUCCUCUCUUCUCCAGCUUCUUUUCGUCACAGCAUUGGGCUGUCGCCAAUUGUCAGAAUGGCGCAACCCGUCAAGAGGUUUCCCGGCCACCUGGCUCAGUUCGUGAGGUGCUACUCGGUCUCCGCCGAGAGCAUUCCGGCCGCCAAGAAGAAGUACGUCCCGACGGAGGGCACCUAUCCCAAGGGCUUCCAGGCCUCUGGCAUUCUCGUCGGCGUGAAGCCGGGGAACAAGACAAAGCCCGAUCUCGCUCUUCUCAGCUCAGACCGGCCCUGUGCCGCCGCCGCCGUCUUCACCAAGAACAAGUUCCAGGCGGCGCCCGUCACCUUCAGCAGGGAUUUACUCAAGAAGAAGGCCAACCGCGGCAUCCGCAGCGUUCUCAUCAACUCGGGAUGCGCCAAUGCCGUGACCGGAAAGGGAGGUCUCGAGGAUGCUUCUCUGAUGGCCAGCGCCGCCGACAAGGUUGUCGGAGGAGAGGGCGAUGCGUCAUCCACCAUCGUCAUGAGCACAGGAGUCAUUGGACAGAGGCUACCCAUUGCCAAGAUUGUCGAUAACGUCCCAGCUGCCCAGGGAGCUCUGGGCUCCUCUCAUAAGCACUGGCUGAGCUUUGCUACCGCCAUCUGCACGACCGAUACGUUCCCGAAACUCAUGUCAAAGACCUUCACCCUGCCCUCGUCACCAAACGUCGAAUACCGCAUUGCCGGAACCACCAAGGGCGCCGGUAUGAUUCACCCCAAUAUGGCCACCCUUCUCGGAGUUGUUGCCACGGACGCGCCCAUCUCGCCCGCUGUCAUGCCUUCCGUCCUUAAGCACGCCGUCGACCGCUCGUUCAACAGCAUCACCAUUGACGGAGACACUUCGACCAACGACACUCUCGCUCUGCUCGCCAACGGUGCUGCCGGCGGCAAGGAAAUCUCCUCCGUGGACUCGCCCGACUACGCCGCCUUCCAGCAGGUCCUGACCGACUUCUCCAUCGACCUGGCCAAGCUCAUCGUUCGCGACGGCGAGGGCGCCACUAAGUUUGUCACCAUCCGCGUCGUCGAGUCCGCCAGCGAGGAGGCCGCGCGCAAGAUUGCCAGCACCAUUGCCAGGUCGCCUCUCGUCAAGACUGCGCUGUACGGACGGGACGCCAACUGGGGCCGCAUCCUGUGCGCGACCGGUUACUCGCUCGUGUCGGAGCCCGGCCAGGCCGUCAACGACGUCCCCGAGGUCACGCCCGAGAAGACCAACGUCUCGUUCGUUCCCACUGAUGGCACGCCUGAGCUGAAGCUCUUGGUCAACGGCGAGCCGGAGAUGGUCGACGAGGCCAGGGCCUCGGAGAUUUUGGAGCUGGAGGAUUUGGAGAUCUUGGUGAGGCUGGGAACUGGCGACAAGGAGGCAACAUACUGGACUUGUGAUUACAGUCACGAGUACAUUACCAUCAACGGUGACUACCGCACAUAAAAGGGGCGUGGUAAAUCAACGGAUUGGGGGAAUAAAAAAGCCUAGAUUUUAGGUAGAGAGAGCUUGAAGCAUUGUCAUAUUAGAAGAGCGUCUAUAGGGUAGGUACUUGGCCAUUGUUUGUCAAGGAAAUAGACCUAGCCAGCCAAUUGAAUAAUUACUAUAUCGACUAAUUCGUGUCGUCGACGGCAUCGAAAUGUU